GUUGCGUGUUUCGGCUUCGGGGCAAAACAUGAUGGUCUACCGAGCAAUCGGAUACAUAACACUGCAGUUGUCCCUGCGGCCUAAACGGCAGAAAACGUUAUCGAAAUGCCGUGUAUGAAAAUGUGUUGCUUCUACCUGUCCACUCGAUUGGGCAGCGUAAUCGUUGGAAUACUUUCCAUAUUACAAGUCUUAGUACCUGUUUUAAUUCUUAUUGCCCUCGGAGGUGCAGAUCGGCUAAGAAACGAAGCUGCGGAUAUCAACGACCACAUCAAUAAUUUCGGCCAAGAAGAAAUCUUCAUGAUUGUUCUGCGUUAUACUGAAAAUAACUCCGAAGUCGUGUUUCUAACGGCAGUUUCGUUUUGUGCAGGACAUUCGUUGUGUUGUAUUUUUAUGAUUGUCGGUGCUUUGAAAGUCCAGAAAAUCCUACUCAUACCAUUUAUAAUGUUGGAUUUCAUUAGGUUAUGUAUUUUAACACUAAUGCAUUGCAUUGGUAUGAUGGUGAUUAAGCAACAAUUGCAUCUAGGAGACUUGAUUGCAAUAACUAUUGCCGGUGGAUUUGUUUUACUAUUACUAUUCUACUUGUGGGCAUGUGUUGUAGCCCUUUAUCAAAUCAUUGGCAUCGUGAAGACGGAAAAGUAUCGCUCAUUGUUCGGGAAUGACCCAACCGCUCUGGCAAGGAAUCCCAUUGAUGAUAUGAUAUCGAAGGAUGCACAAUCAACUAAUAAAUUCGAGAGUACUGCAUAUACGUACAAUACAAACUAUUUAAAUGAAUAUCCAACCUACAACAAGUACGGAUAUGCAAAUUGAAAAAUACCAACAAUUGUAUUAUGUUAUUAUGUACCUAUGUUAAGAGUCGCGAAUUAGCUUCCACAUGAACUAUCCAUCCUGCACUCUGUACCAUUUUCCUAGUUUCAAAGUGAGUGUUGCCACAUAUGUUAUGGAAGCCAUUUGUUUUUAUACUUUAUACUUUAUUUAAAUAUUUUUUAUAAUAAAUUCAUCACUGAAGAGGUCUGUGUUUUCAGACCAAACAAUCUUAGAUAUCUGUGAUCUAUGCAAGAAUCCUUAGUUCAAAUCUGUGAAUCCUCUCAAAGGACAACAAUUAUUUGAACCACACAAUUAGGAUGUUUCAUAGUAUUUGAUAUGUUCAUUCAUUUAAUUGCGACCACGCAUAUCACAGCU